UCGAGGAGUCGGGUAAAUAGAAAAAGAAAAAAAAAAUGGACCGUCAUUGACGGUCGCAGCCGGAUCCUGAGAUGGGAUCUUUAGACGUGCGAGGAAGAAGGCCACCGACUCUACCAAAAAGGCCACUGACCGAACUGGGUGGAGGAUCGCGACGUUACCUCACAUCGAAGACGCUGGGAUACCAUAGACUUUGAAUCCCCCUACCUCCCCUCGCUGAUGGUCGUGGUUCACCGUACGUUGGAAGAAAACCCUGUUUACCUUGUUGUCGCAAGUUUGGAAAGAAAUUGAUAUAUGAGGCCCUGGUAAACCAAGCUGUUGCACGCCCAUCGGAACCAAAGGCCAAGGUCCACAGCUGCCGGUCGACGCAUAUAGGAACACCACCACCACCUCCGUCACCACACCACCCACCAGUGCCCUCCCGCAUCCGACCGCCGUCUGCCCGUCCGCCCGUCCGUCGCGGCACAUCCCACCAUGCUCGGCGCCAAUGACAGCAGCAGGCCGUGGCUCGUACAAAAGUAUGGCGGGACGAGUCUGGGGAGGCUCCUCGAUCCCAUCUGCAGCAACAUCAUCCCGUCGCAUCGGCGGGACCACAACCUCGUCGUCGUGUGCUCGGCACUAUCCGGCUCCACCAAGGCGGGCGGCACGACGAGCCUCCUGCUGGAGUGCAUAGCCCACGCCGAGGCCGGCGUCCCCGCCCAGGCCCAGCUGAACCGGGCUGUCGACGCCGUGCGGGACAACCACGUGCGGCUGCUCGAGAAGCACCUCAUCAACUCCAACGGCACGUGUAGCGACCUGUGCCACGACAUAUUCGACAUCACGCGGGACGUCAUCGUCAGCGAGUGCGAGAGCCUCCGCGGGUUCCUGCUCGCCGCGCAGAUCAUCCAGGAGCUGUCGCCCCGGGCGCAGGACCGCGUCGUCUCGCUCGGCGAGAGGCUGGCGUGCAGGGUCGUGUCGGCCCUGCUCAACAGCAAGGACGUCCCCGCAGAGCCGGUGAUUCUCGACGACGUCGUCGAGGCGGCUUUCGGCGGCAGCGCCGCCGACCAGAAGGCGGCGUUCGACGGCCUCGGCCCGUGCUUCUACCACAUCGUCGCCGAUGAGAUCGCCAAGCGGGUGCGCGCAUGCGGCGACAGCGUUCCCGUCGUCACGGGCUCCUUCGGCCUUAUGCCGGGCUCGCUGCUCCAAGGCGUCGGCCGCGGGUACUCGGACCUCUGCGCCGCCAUGUGCGCGGUCGGCGUCAAGGCCGCCGAGCUGCAGAUCUGGAGGGAGGUGGAAGGCGUUUUCACGGCGGACCCACGCAAGGUCCCCUCGGCGCAGCUGCUGCCGACAGUCACCCCCGAGGAGGCGACGGAGCUGACGUACUAUGGCAGCGAGGUCAUCCACCCGCUGACCAUGGACCAGAUCCGCUGCGCGAGCAUUCCGCUGCGGCUCAAGAACGUCUUGAACCCGGCGGGGACGGGGACCGUCGUCUACCCGACGUGGACGCCGUCCCCGCCCCUCACGCCGCCGAUGGCGACGAAGGUCACGGGGGACGACGUCAAGCCGUCGCUCCCCACAGUCGACUUCCUGGUAGGCAACGGAUGCCGCGGCGCGCAGCGGGAGAGACGGCGGCCGACGGCUAUCACGGUCAAAGACGACAUCAUGCUGGUCAAUGUGGCGGCCAAUAGGAACACCAAGUCACAGGGGUUUCUCGUCGGCGUGUUCGAACGGCUCGAGGAGGCGCGGAUCCAGACGGACCUCGUGACGACGAGCGAACGCAACGUAAGCCUCGCGUUCCGGCAUAUCGACGACGGCUCGUGUCGAUAUCAGAGGCUGAAUACCGAGUUGGAGAAGUUCGGAAAGGUCAUCGUCACGGAAAACAUGUCGAUCGUGACGGUCGUCGGGCAUAAAAUGCGGAACAUGGUUGGCAUAUCGGCGGAGAUCACGAGCGCGCUGGCGUCGGCCAAGAUCAACAUCUUCAUGGUGAGCCAGGGAGCGAGCGAGAUCAGCGUAUCGCUCAUCGUCCGCGCCGAGGACGCGGCCGUCGCGCUCAACGUGAUCCACAGGAAGGUCCUUCGCAUCCCGACGCACUGGGAGCAAGAGAGUAACCUCAUCAAAGGUCCAUAGCUUUACUGAUGCAGCGGCGGACCGGCCGCACAGCGCACCGUGUAGGCGGAUCGUGCCUUCUGGACGAAGAGGCCCACGGAUAUGUUGAGAGUUGGAUGAAGAUAAGGCGGCAAGACUGACGGGGAUCGGGGUCAGCUUGCAUGCGGGGAGUUCCUAGUUGUGGGGGAGAAGUCAUGGGGGGGAAGUAAUACACAAAAGCAACGUAUAUGGUGUGCAAUACGCACCACUAGUCACGUAUCUAGGCCUAUCAGUCAACCCCUCUAAUAGACUAUAUAUACAGA